AUGAAGACUGCUGAGCUGAGAUUUCUUCUGGGGCUCUUCAUCCUCUUCUUGCUGACCACCCAAUUAAUGGGUGGUGUUACUAGACUUACUGAAAUGAUAUGUGGAGAACUCAAAGACCCCUGCAAUAUGGAUUUGAAACUUGGCAGCUGCUAUGAAGUUCACUUCAGAUAUUUCUACAACAAAACUUCCAAAAGAUGUGAAAGUUUUGUCUACACUGGCUGUGAUGGCAACCUUAACAACUACAAGCUUAUAAUAGACUGUAAUAUAGCCUGUGUUGAAGCAUACCAAAAGUAAGGAAUCCAAACUUGUCCUUGGUCUUGGGGAGAUGAAAAGUAGAGGAUCUGGGAAUGCAGGAUAAACCUUGGUUUGGGAUGGGAAGAGGGAGGAUUGUCCUAAUCUAAAAGUUUAAUAGCUGGGUUAGAUCUCAACAUCAUUUGUCAUUUUGCAGUUAGUAAGUCAAAAGUCCAGAGAGAAAAUAAUAGCCACCACUUACUGGACAAGUACCACGUACCAGGCACUGGACUAAGCAAUUUACAUAUAUUGACACAACUGAAAAUUUAAAUCAUCCUAAGGUAGAUGUGUAUCAUUGUUUUCAUUUGGCAGAUAAGGAAACCAAGCCCAGUAGAGGUAACUAACUGGCUCAAGGUCACAUUAUCAAAUGGCAUAGCAAGUUUUCUAACCAGAUCUGAUGGUCACCCAAGGCUUGACCAUCUGACAGGCAAAAGGUCACCCAAAUCCAAUCCUCCCAGACCUGUGAACUCUCUACAGCAACAUGCUGUUUUAUACAACUAAGCUCCCAGCCUACACUUGACCAUUUCCCAGCCAUAGGAACUGGAAGAACGUCUGUGGAGGCUAAUAGGGCUCUGGUAUGGCUGAUCUCCA